AUGGCAAUGGACGAGCCAGCGCCUGUGCAUCCUCCGAAGAAGGAGCAGAAGAAGGCGGCAGAAGAAGAAGAAUUCGAAGAAGAGCCUCAGCCAGAACCGCCAGCGGCGGCGGACAACCCAGGCUGCAUGUUCUGGGUGCGCGACGACGAAGGCAACGUGCACAUCCAAAAGACGCGAAGCGACCGCCAGCUGCACCGCUCCAACAGCAUCACCAGCAAAAUCCGACAAGCGCGAUGGCAGGAGAACGGCACGCCGCUGUUCCACGAUUUCAAGAGUAUCGAGCGCACGGACGACCGGCGCACCUGGGGCGGGCCCGAGAGGCCCUUCCAGCACGAGGCGUACGCGCCCGAGAGCACCGGGGACGACUGGUGGGCGAUGGAUCUGGCGAAGCGCCGGGAGCAGCUGCGCGAGUAUGGGGAGGAGAGGAUGGCCAUGCGCGCCAUGCAGAAGGUGCAUCCGGCCUUCGCCGCGCCCGACAGAGACUUCCCCGUGGCCAAGACACUGUCCAACACGUUUGCGCCUUGCGUCAGCGAGGAGUACUACGAAUCACUCGGGAUCCAGGCAGCGACCGCGUUGGAGAAGGAGGAGCGCCAGAAGGAAAUGGCGGUGCACAAGGAUCAACUCGAAAAGGUCAAAUGCGCCCUUCGCGCCGUCCUGCAGACCGAGCCUGGCGCGACGGCCCUCAUUCUUCGACUCAAAGCGCGUAUCAGAGCCCUUGUCAAGAUGCUCGAGGAUGACGAGAAAGCGCUCGAGUGCGCAGAGGGCGAAUUGAAGCGGGCAAAGCAGCCGCUGAAAGUCGGUAUCCCGCUGAAGGAGAUUCCCAUCAUCCGCGCAGAUGUGGAGUUUUGGGAUGAGCCUCUCAUGAUGAAAGCUUUUCGUCAAUCGAAUGUAGCCAAGAAGCCAGUCGGAGGUGAGCCAGGCCUCUUGGGUGCUCUGUGUAAGCGCAUGUCGGCCUUCCUUUUCCCACGCCAGCAGGAGAUUGUCGACAAUGGCAAGAACGACGACAAGAGCGACGACAAGAUCAACGCCGAGAUCAACGCCAAGCACGUCCCAGCGGACAUCGCCCAAGCAGCCGCGGAGCCCGAGGCACCAGCGGCCUCUGUCGCAGUUGAUAUUCCUGGAAAAGCAAUGAAAUCGGCCCUCAAGACCGCCAAUCCCCCGUCGUCUCUGCACAAACUUCUCGUCGACACGGGCGUCAAAGGCCGGAAGCAAACGGCCACCAACCAGCUGCCAUGGGAAGACGACGACAUUCCGAUCUCCGCAAGCCUGGCAACUCUCGAGGAGGAAGACGAUGCUGCGGGAGACGAAACCUCCGACGACGGCAACAUGCCCUCGUCCGCCUCCGACGAGAGCGAUAAGGAUUCGGAAUACAGGAGUAUCUCGCUCCCGACCGAUGAAGCCGUCCCGACCGUGGAAUACAGCAAUAGCCCGCAAGUCCAGCUCGCGGGCGCAGAGGGCCAAGUCAGCACGGACGUGAUGGACGAUGGAUACCUCCUCCUCGGCCGUGUCUACGACUUUGACACGCUCAAGCGCGAGGAGCGGGCCCUGUGGUACGUGCCACGCAUCUUUCAAGGUAGAUGA